AUGAAAAGAGCCGGAUUGCCCAUCACUAGCAGGCGGCCGUCAGGGCAGCUCUUGGAGGAGUGGGCAUUCGGUCAGGCAUACACCAACCAACGUAAGACAGCUGAGGACGGUGAGACGCAUGAGGAGACCUUGUUGCGGGAGUCUGCCUCUAAAGAAGCCUAUUACAUGGGACGUCUAGUGGAUCUACAGAGCCAGCUUAAAGUGAGCAGCUCCGCGGCCUCUAACGCUCAAGCCGAGACUGAACGUCUCAACAUCCUGGGACAGGAACUCAGAGAGAACAAUGAGAUGUUGGAACUUCAGAGGAACAGGAUGAGAGAAGAAAUCAGAGAGUAUAAGUUCAGAGAGACA